UGUACAGCGCGUGCGCUGCCUUAUUUUAUUUAUAACCUAUCGGCAUGCGCUCUCCCGUCCUUGCUGCCGCGUGCUUACUGCCGCUGCCGCCGCCGUCGCCGCUGCCGUCGCUGCUGCUGCUGCUGCUACUUUUUGCCGCUCUCGCGACGGCCGACCAGCGCCCACCCCGCCGCUCACUCGGUAUUGCCGGUUCUCCGUCUCACGCGGUCGCACGCGCCGUGCGGCGACAUUUCGUAACGCCCGUAGGCGGCAGCAGCGCGGCGCACCGCCAAGUAGUCGUGCGCGUGCCGCGCUACGCGCAGCCGAGGCGCCGUCGUCGCGCAGUCGUACUUACCACGCUGGCCACUGCGCCGCCGCCGCCGCUGCGCCGCUUCACUACCACCGCACGCAUGCCUAUAGCGAGUCAGUAUCUAGUUACAUUUCACACCUCGUGGAUUUUAGGGCCCCGCCCAACUAGUAACAAGUUAAUGUUGUAUGAUUAUCAA